GAGUCAAUCGAGGGUUUCAAUCAGGUCCGCCUCGCGCCCCCUCGCGUGUACGGCGCUGCAGAGGGCUGUGCGGCCGCCGUUCUCAAUCAGGUCCGCUCCAAACGGAUAAGUUCGGGUCGCGGCUCUCUGUCCCGCCUGGCUUGUGGAGCUGCUUUGGGAUUCCUGUCUCUCCGGUAUCCCCGUAGAACCCACCUCUGCCUUACAGUGCCGGUUGGCUUCACUAAAACAGAAUCCUUGAGGGUCACGUGUGCUCAAGGAGCCCAUCCCUGAGUAUGGCAGGAUGUCUGGGAUCCAAGAACCUGUCUUUCCCCGGGGAAAGAGCCCACUGGAUUGCCCAGCUGUUCAAGUGUUUCUGAGAUCAAAGUCCUGCAGUCACGGGUAAUGAAGGUAAUGGAGAAAAGGAAGAAGUCUCUGGUCAGGAUGGAACAGAGAUCCCCCAGCUGCCACCAAAAGGCUUGGCCAGAGAAGCCUAUGAUAUCACAGGCCUCCAGGCCCCAGUGGGGGACUGAUGAAGUGUGUGAGAUGCAGGUGCCCUUGGGCUCAGGUGAGGGUCCUUCUGCCUCGGACAUGUCGCCACAGCAGGAGGAUCCCCUGAGCUGCAUCCGUGCCUGCUGCAUGUGCAGACCCCAGGCAGAGGCACAGAAGCUGAGCUUUCUGGCCUCCAUCUGCACCAUCUGCGAAGCUGCCCUCGAGGACAGCGGUGCGCAUUACCGGCUGUGCGUCUGCCCGCUGGAGGUGGCGCAGUGCAUUGAGGGUGCCUGGGCUCUGCCCACCAAGGAGGGCACACUGCCUCAUCCCAUCCCGUAUCACCAUGCCCUCAGGAGCUGCUGCAGGAGGAGCCCGCUGAGCGCCUGGACACGGAGCUGUGGCAGCAGGCCAUGA